CCACGGGUUCGUAGCGGAAGGAUUGACGAUGUGCUGUGGUCUACACAGUGUCAGCACAGAUGAAACGUCCAGCAGGCCGUCUUGAAUGAAAGAGGCGGAUACAUUCCUGUUCUUCUUUUUACGGCAAAUGUUUAGAAGGCCUCGCUUCCGCAGACACGCAUCUCAGGAAGACACGGGUCAUCGGAUUCGGAGUCCCCCGCGCUUCCUCCGAACGAUCAUAACGGCCCUGUAAAGACUUGUAAGCGAUCGCGAAGAAGCAGGUUCUUGAACCGUCAUAGGCUGCCGUUGUCUUUUGCUCUUUGCGGGCUGCAAUCAUCACAAGCUGAAGAUGCACCCGGAUACCGGCGACCUCGCGCUAGAGUUCCAUCCUUCGACUGCCCUGGGCCGUCAUCAGACACGCAUUCGACGGCUCUGAGACGCACGUUCCAAAGGCUCGAACUGGCGGCCCGGCCGGGGCACCCUUCUUGCCUGCAAACGCAAAGGUUCUUCAACAGCGACAUGUGCCAUCAUCAUCUAUCCUGAGGCGCCCGGCUCUGAGCGAAAUCGACAGCGAGCGCUGAGGCGAAAACUCGGAUUGACC